CCCUCGGACCUCUGACGACAAGUGUUGGAAAUGUUUUCACGCUCGUCUGAGCAUCGGUUUGUGCCAGGCGAUCAAUAAGCUGUCAGCAUCACAAAAACGGGCCGAUUGUCUGUUUGGACGGCAUUCACGUCGCCAAUGCUAGAAUGAAGGGCUCCCACUCUGUCAAGAGGCACCGCAUAACUAUACACACAUCACAAUCAGAUGGGCGAAAUGAAGUGGCGUCCCGUCCCGGGCGGUCAGGUGCCCGCUGCCGAAACUCCAUCGCCUCCUGUGCCGACGAGCAGCCACAUGUCGGCAACUAUCGGCUGCUCAAAACCAUCGGCAAGGGCAACUUCGCCAAGGUCAAACUGGCACGACACAUUCUCACGGGACGAGAGGUGGCCAUAAAAAUAAUUGAUAAGACGCAGCUUAAUCCAACCAGCCUUCAGAAGCUCUUCAGGGAAGUCCGAAUCAUGAAGAUCCUAAAUCAUCCAAAUAUUGUAAAGCUCUUUGAAGUUAUAGAAACAGAGAAGACACUUUAUCUGAUUAUGGAGUAUGCCAGCGGUGGGGAGGUGUUUGACUACCUCGUAGCGCAUGGGCGCAUGAAGGAAAAAGAGGCCAGAGCUAAAUUUAGACAGAUUGUAUCAGCUGUUCAGUAUUGUCAUCAAAAACGCAUCGUUCAUCGAGAUCUCAAGGCAGAAAACCUCCUGCUGGAUGCAGACAUGAACAUUAAGAUCGCAGACUUCGGUUUCAGUAAUGAAUUCACAAUCGGGAAUAAACUCGAUACGUUUUGCGGCAGUCCGCCGUAUGCUGCCCCUGAACUUUUCCAAGGUAAAAAGUAUGAUGGCCCGGAGGUGGACGUGUGGAGUCUGGGGGUCAUUCUGUACACGCUGGUCAGCGGAUCGCUGCCUUUUGAUGGACAGAAUCUAAAGGAACUUCGCGAGCGAGUGCUGAGGGGUAAAUAUCGAAUCCCCUUUUACAUGUCCACUGACUGCGAGAACCUCCUGAAACGCUUCCUGGUGCUGAAUCCAGUCAAACGGGGCACGCUCGAGCAAAUCAUGAAGGAUCGGUGGAUCAAUGCAGGCAGUGAGGAGGACGAACUUAAACCCUUUCUUGAGCCGGAACUGGACAUCACGGACCAGAAGAGAAUCGAUAUCAUGGUGGGCAUGGGCUACUCGCGGGAGGAGAUCCACGAAUCUCUAACCAGGAUGAAGUACGAUGAAAUCACGGCUACAUACCUCCUCUUAGGCAGAAAGUCCACAGAGUUGGAGGCGAGCGAUUCCAGCUCCAACAGUAACCUGUCGUUGGCCAAAGCCCGACCCAACAGCGAGCACAACAACAGCCAAUCACCAUCUCACCUCAAAGUCCAAAGGAGCAUCUCCUCCAAUCAGAAGCAGCGUCGCUUUAGUGACCAGGCUGGUCCAGCCAUUCCCUCGGUUGGACAUCCCAAGAGGAGUCAAACCACUUCUGCAGAAAGUGAGCAUAAAGAGGAGGGCAGCGCUCCGGCACGCAAGUCCAGCUCGUCUGGGAGCCGCGGCAUGGGCCCUCCGAGCCCCAUGCUGGGCAAUGCCAACAACCCCAACAAGGCCGACAUUCCUGACCGGAAAAAGAGCUCCGGUACUCCUGGGAGCAAUUCUGUGUCCAGCGGUAUGACGAGAAGAAACACGUACGUGUGCAGUGAGAGAAACGCAGCGGACCGUCACUCGGUCAUCCAGAACGGCAAAGAGAACAGCCUGAGCGAAAUGUCGGGUCGUGUCAGCACAAGCCCGACGGCGUAUACCGUGGCUCUCGCCGCCUCGUCAGCCUCGGUCCGACUGCCCCACCAAAAGGCCGCGUCCCUGUCGGCCUCCGGACACACCUGCCGCACCUCUGACCUCUUCAGGCCUAAUACGAGCACGGCUCAGACGACUCCGAGGAACCCCGGAGCCUCCACCCACAGCAUCAGUAGCGUGACCCCUCCGGAUCGCCUGCGGUUCCCUCGAGGAACGCUGAGCCGCAGCACCUUCCACGGAGGUCAGCUCAGAGAGAGACGCACGGCCACUUACAACGGACCCCCCGCCUCUCCCACCUUAUCGCACGACGCCACGCCUCUCUCGCAGUCCCGAAGCCGCGGAUCGACAAAUCUCUUCACGAAGCUGACGUCCAAGCUCACGCGCAGAAACAUGUCAUUCAGGUUUGCCAAAAGAGUGCCGGCAGAAUGCGAUAGAAAUGGAAGGUAUGAGGAUUCAAGUCGUAACGUGUCUGGGGAUCAGAAAGAGGAACAGAAAGACUCCAAACCGCGCUCGCUACGCUUCACCUGGAGCAUGAAGACCACCUCGUCCAUGGAGCCCACGGAGAUGAUGCGCGAGAUCCGCAAAGUCCUGGACGCCAACAACUGCGAUUACGAGCAGCGCGAGCGCUUCCUGCUUCUGUGUGUCCACGGCGACGGCCACGCCGAGAGCUUGGUCCAAUGGGAGAUGGAAGUGUGCAAGCUGCCCCGCCUCUCGCUCAACGGCGUGCGCUUCAAGCGGAUAUCAGGAACAUCCAUCGCUUUCAAGAACAUCGCCUCUAAAAUUGCCAAUGAACUAAAGCUGUAAAAAAAGACAAAAUGUAUCGGUCAAAAAUGUGAAAAGCAACAAAGAGGACUAAGGCACACGAAACUAGAGUAAUCGAGCUGUAUAUUCUUUCGGAACAAGUAGCAGAUACAAGGAUUGUUUUCCUCAAACACUUACAAAGUAUGUACUGAAAAUAUUGUAUAGAAUCAUGCCUUAGGCAAUAAUUUCCUGCAUCUUUGAAGCAUUAUUAAUAUUAUUAUUGUUGUUAUUAUUAUUGUUGGAUGGUUUCAAGCUGUAGGAAAACAAAAUGACGGUUUAUUUCGUUUUUUGUUUGUUUGUUUUGUUUAUGCACUACUGCAGUUGAUGCCCUUUGGGGACUAAUAGUAACACCAGAGACUGAAGACUUGUGUUUAAAAUGGCAGCGGAAUUAUUAAGCACUCCAGUAUUUCACUUUAUGUCCCUCCCAGUCCUUGAAUGCCAAAACAAAAAUGGCCAUGUUGUAUUAUAUUUUAGAUAGGAAACAUGUUUGCACACAUUUCCCCCAAAAAGCGCCCAUGUCGUGUGUCUGUAGAUGUUUCUCCAUCCAUCCAUUCCUCCAGUUUAACAAGCAUCGGUUUUUCUUAACCUCCCCUUUCGGAAAAUUAAAAACCUGUUGUUUUCAAGUGCUAAAAAUAAACGGGAUCCGACAGGUCGAACCACUGGUGCUCCUGGGCACGGCACCCUCACUGCUUCAGACGGGCGACUGCAAUGGACGGCAAAGAGAUAGAAAGACAAAAGAUCAGGAACAGUUUACUUUCUGGUCUGUUUGAGUAUUUUGUUUCCUAAUUAAGUGUUUUUUAAUGUUCCGGUCUUUGCUUUUGACCCCAGCGUGCAUCAGUCAUUCUGGGACACAUUUCAGAACUUUAGCUUGCCAUUUGUAGGCUCAGUAUUCACUCCCAUCUCUAAAACCUUUGGCACUGUUUUUAUUUUGUCUUGAUGUUUUCAUUUUUUGGAGUGUAAAUAAUGUACCUUAGUUUUGCAACAGCAACAUAUUGAUAUACUUUUUUUUUCUAAGUCUGGCUGUGAGUCGGAAACUAUGGGAAUUCGUGUAACUCAUCACAGGAUAAGGUUAAUCAGUGUCUCCAUUAAAACAACUGAAAGUCAA